AUGACAAGCGGUAGCUUGAGACCCUUGCGAAUGCUUUUCCUCGGAGCCCCAGGCUCCGGGAAAGGAACUUUGACGUCCCGGCUUUUAAGGGCGUUCCCGCAAGUAGGGAGCGUAUCGUCCGGAGACCUAUUGCGACAGCAGAUGGCUGAAAAAACAGAAAUUGGCAAAUUGGCAGCCGAAUACAUUUCGAGAGGCGAACUUCUGCCCGACGAAAUUAUGACGCGACUCUUGAUCCGCGAACUCGAUAGUCGACAAUGGCUCACAUCUCGAGCGACUUGGCUCCUGGACGGGUUCCCGCGCACGGACAUACAAGCAAUCAGCCUUCAUUCUGCCUUAAAAGCCUAUAAUGCGGACCUCAAUCUCGUCGUCGAGUUGAAAGUGCCCGAAAGCGUUAUUCUCGCUCGCAUCGUAAAUCGGUACGUUCACGUUCCAAGCGGCAGAGUCUACAAUUUAUCUUACAAUCCUCCCAAAGUCCCAGGAAUUGACGACGUGACCGGAGAGCCUCUUUCCAGGCGUCCUGACGAUACCGCAGAAGUUUUUCAGCGAAGGUUGGACAAGUAUCAUGCAACCUUGAAGCCCUUGAGAGAAUAUUACGCUCAAGCUGGAAUUUUAAAGACCGUCUAUGGCGAAACCUCAAACAUUAUUUUCCCACAAUUAGAAGCACUCGUCAAGGAUUCUUUUGCUGUCCAAUAUGUCGCGAAGCAAAUCUGA